AUGACCAUUACAAAGACGGAUCUUGGGCAGCAUAAUAGCCGUCAAUCUCAUCCCGGCGGCGCAAGUGUGAUCCUACGCUACGCUGGAAAAGAUGCCACAGAAGGGUUUGACUCUGUUCAUUCACCAGACGUCCUGGAACAGCUGCCUGGAACGGCAAUACGAGGUCAAAUCGAUGCCGCCGAGUUGGGCUCCUGCAAAGUUGCUGGUGCGUCUAGUGUGAGAACAACAGAGCCUCAGCCUGGUGGACCGCCUCCUCUGAGCACUCUGAUCAAUCUGAACGACUUUCAAAAAGUUGCCGAGAAAUAUCUGCCAGCCAAGGCCUGGGCCUAUUACUCUUCUGGCGCUGACGAUGAAAUCAGUAAGCGCGAGAAUGCCAUUUCUUAUCAAAAAGUUGCACUACGACCGCGUAUAUUGAAGAAGGUACCCAAUAUUGACACGCAAACUUCCAUUCUUGGUUACCCUGUAUCACUUCCUGUUUACAUAUCACCCGUUGGCAUCGCAAAAUUUGCUCAUCCAGACGGUGAGUGCGCACUUGCAUCGGCUGCCGGAAAGGAAGGACUAGCUCAGGUUCUCGCAAAUGGUGCCAGCAUGCCGAUCGAGCGAGUGAUGCAAAGUCGGCUCUCGAGUGAGCAACCGCUGUUCUUCCAACUUUAUGUCAAUAGAGACAUCGGUAAGUCCGUUCAGGCCGUCAAACGUGCAGAAAAGGCCGGUGCUCGAGCUAUUUGGAUCACCGUGGAUUCACCGGUGGUUGGCAAGAGGGAAAUGGACGAGCGACUGAAUCUUACGGUUGUGGUAGGUAUUAGUUGA